AUGCGUCGCAAAAAGUCAAGUUCCAACCGAAAUCAUCAUCUCUUUAAGAAUCUCAAUAUGUCUUCUUAUCUCGGUAUCAUUAUUAUGGCAUUGGAAUCCGUGAAACUAGUCAGUAUUAUCAUUCUGUUUAUUCGGGCAAAGGGUGAUAUCUAUCUAUCUAUCUAUCUAUCUAUCUAUCUAUCUAUCUAUCUAUCUAUAACUGCUUUCUCAGUUCGUUCCAACCCUUUCUUUUUCCUUCCAACUUUUUACCGCUACAACGCUGACGAGACGGCCGCCAUCUUCUUCCCAGCAACUUCUUUCUCGCCACUUCCUCCAUCUUUAAUUUGUACUCAUUCAGUUCUCUUUUCUUUAAAUAAUCACCUCGCUAAACUCUCUUCGCGAACGCCCAUGUCUCUCUCUUUCUCUCUAUUUAAUGACUCCAAUCUUUUUCUUCUUUUUUGUUGUUGUUUGCACACUUUCUUUGCCUUUGUUCCAUACGCAGCCUUUCCUUCCGUUCGAUCGCUCGAAUUCUCUUCUGUCUUUUCCAUAUUAUGUUUGACUUUUCCCCCCAUGCGACACUCUUUCAUACACACGCACUGUCACCCUCUCCCCUUCCCCCUCUCCCAUUCCCUAUCUCUAACACAGCUUCUCUCUUUUCCUGUUUUUAGCCCACGAGUCUGUCUUUCAUUUAGGACCAGUUAA